AUGGUUUUCUGUGCGACGUGUCAGGAGUGGUAUCACUACCAAUGCGUGGGAGUGACCUCGGCUGUGGCAAACGAAAGCUGGAUGUGCCCACGAUGUGCAUUUCUACCAUCGUCUACACGGAUUGGUGAGUUAUUCGGAAAUGAUGCUAUGCAACCGGCCAUCGUCACCCAGGCGGCAAACAGUGUCUCAACGGGAACAAACGGAUCAUUGCCAAUCGUAACAACCGCUUCUGUCAAGGUAUCGUCGAGUGCCACACCUUCAUCAACUGCAACUGUAGUGCCAUCGACCACGGUUCCAGGACUGGUGCCAGCUGCAAUUGCAGAGCAUCCGUGCCGUGUAGCCGUAACAACGGCUGAAGCAGCUAUGACUGUUACAGGCCAGUCCCUGCUAACCGAUCAGGCAAGAGCAAGUUUACAGUGGGUACAAGAGCACCGGGCCUUUCUUGAACUUCAAAUGGAGGAAAACCAUAAGAAGGAACUGCAGAGGAAAAAGACAAUAUUGGGACAACUCGCGAAUAAUGCUAUACAAGGAGUCAUCACUGGUGCAGUAUCGAACAGCAACAAUGAUCAUUCCGCUGCGAUUGGGAUCGGUAACACAGGAGACUGGCUGGGUAGGAUGAUCGGCGAGAUGGAAAAUCUGUCAGUCACACCAGCAAGUGUGGGGGUACAGGCGAUGUUCAUACCGCCCGCACUAAAUAGCUCCACCCCGAUAACCACAGGGUCCAAUAAUCGAAAUGUACUCGAUCAGUCGUUGUCAUCGAUGCUCUUUGGAGUACCUGGUAACUCAUCGAGUGUUCCUAUGAGAACAUCAUCUACAGGUCAGUACGUUGCAAUGCCAUCUAAUCAUCCUCUGCGUGGGUAUACCCAAAUUGAGAGGGAUCACUCACAACAAAUCGGUGCCUUCUCAAUUAGUACACAAGUUCCUUCAACGGUGCUAGGGAAUGUCAAUUCUACAAAUGUGGUGACAGCGUGCUCAACAGUCCCCACGGCAUCAAUUUUGGAUAGACAACUGUACGGUGGGUCGUUAAGCGUACCUAGAUUCAAUCCGGUGCAAUAUUUACCACAAGCUACCUGGGGAGUACCACCAGUGAAUUUAGCUCAAGGAUUCGCGCUACCUCAAACGGUUGGCCCAACGCAGCAACAAUUGUUGGCAAGGCAGGUUAUGCCUAGAGAUCUUCCACCAUUUCGUGGAGACCCGGAAGAUUGGCCACUCUUUUUUAGUGCAUACACGAAUUCGACUGAUGCGUGUGGGUAUUCUAAUGUGGAGAAUUCAGCUAGGCUACAACGUGCUCUACAGGGCAAAGCAUUUGAUGCAGUGAAGAGUCGUCUUCUUCUUCCAGCUUGCGUCCCUCAUGUCAUUUCAACCCUGUACAUGCUGUUUGGAAGACCAGAACUAAUCAUCCAAACACUUCUUGAAAAAGUUCGUGAUACUCCAACACCGAAGGCAGACAGGUUGGAAACACUCAUCACUUUCGGGAUGGCGGUUCAAAACCUGUGCGACCACAUCGAGGCGACUGGGCAACUGACACAUUUGUGUAACCCAGUGCUACUGCGAGAACUGGUCGAUAAGGUUCCUACACAACAGCGUCUGAACUGGGCGCUGUACAAACAACAGUUUGCGGCCGUCGACCUACGUACAUUUGCCGGCUUCAUGUCAAUGCUGGUGGCAGCUGCAUCGGACGUCACAACCACGACGGAUUCUAGACAAGCGCGAUCUGGACGAGGGGAGCGUGUGAAAGACAAGAGUUUUCUCAACGCUCACACAGCAGUCGAACUACCUACGAAACAGUGCAAGCAAGAAGAAGAAUCGCGCAAGAUGGAGGUCAAAGAGGUGCUGUGCUUGGCGUGCAAUGGACGUAACCACAAGGUGAAAGAUUGUGCAACAUUCAUGAAGUGGGAUCCAGAGAGCCGCUGGAAGACAACUCAAAAUCACCACCUUUGUCGCACGUGUUUAGGAAAACAUGGUCGGCGCCCCUGUAAGAUACUAGCGGUUUGCGGCGUAGAUGGAUGCAGGCAACGCCAUCAUCAGUUGCUACAUACUGGUGCGCAAAAACACCAACCACCAUCUAGACAGGGACAAAGGCCGAGUGAGAAUGCAGGUAAAGGGCUGAACGCGCACCAUGCCGCAAAAAAAUCUACACUUUUUCGCAUUCUUCCCGUAAAACUAUUUUGGAAGGGGAAAUCUGUAGAAACUUUUGCGUUCUUAGAUGACGGAUCCGAUAUGACUCUGGUCGAACAAUCGAUAGCAGAACAAUUAGGCAUCGAUGAUGGCGAACAACUUCCGCUUUGCCUAACGUGGACUAGCAACAUCACUCGACAAGAAUCGAAGUCUCAACGAAUUCAUUUGGAAAUCUCCGGAGUAGGCAAAAGUGAACGGUUCACUGUUAACGACGCUAGAACGGUUAGUAGUCUUAACCUCCCAAAGCAAACAUUGAAGUAUGAAGACUUGGUACGACAAUACCCAUACCUUCGUGGUCUGCCAGUGACCAGCUACGAAGCAGCCACGCCAGGCAUCCUUAUUGGCUCGAAUAACGCCGGCCUGACAGCGACACUAAGCCUUCGCGAAGGUCAACUAGGCGACCCUCUGGCCAGUAAGACUCGACUCGGUUGGUCGAUCUACGGAUAUAAAACCGACGGAAAGAAAUCCACAAACUUUACGCUGCACGUUUGCGAAUGCCGACGAGAAUUAGGUAGCGACCAAGAUUUACAUGAUCUCGUUAAUCGUUACUUCGCGAUUGAGAGCGUCGGAGUUUCGGCUGAUAAGAGACCGGAAUCGGAAGAGGACAAACGUGCUCGUCGCAUCCUAGAGGAGACCACGAAGCGCAUUUCAAAUCGAUUCGAGACUGGACUACUUUGGCGUCAGGAUCAUGUACAAUUUCCUAACAGUUUUCCCAUGGCUAUGCGUCGCUUAGAAUGUUUCGAACGAAGGAUGGAGAAAGACCCUGAGCUAAAAGCAAGCGUGCGUCAGCAAAUCAAUGAGUAUCUCGAAAGAGCCUAUAUUCACGAAGUAAAGCAGGAGGAAACGGAAUCGGUUGACCCUGGGCGCCUAUGGUACCUACCGUUGGGCGCCGUAAGAAACCCGAAGAAACCGGGUAAAAUUCGGCUUGUUUGGGAUGCUGCGGCAAAAGUAGGAGGUAUAUCUUUGAAUACUAUGCUCCUAAAAGGACCAGAUAUGUUGACGCCUCUGGCAUCGGUAUUGUGCAAAUUUCGUGAACGACCUGUAGCAGUAUGCGGCGACCUGAUGCAAAUGUUUCAUCAGUUCAGAAUCCGUCAACAAGACGCGCAUUGCCAACGAUUUCUUUAUCGGGAGCAGCCAUCGCAACCGGUCAAAAUAUUUGUGAUGGACGUCGGUACCUUUGGAGCCACAUGCUCUCCCUGUCAGGCCCAGUACAUAAAAAACCUUAACGCUAGAGAGCACGAAGUGAAGUUUCCGAAUGCAAGCAAGGCGAUCCUAAAUAACCACUAUGUCGAUGAUUACCUCGACAGUUUUGACACUGAAGCGGAGGCAAUCAAAGUUGCGCUCGAGGUAAAGGAAGUACAUCGUCAAGGUGGAUUCAUCAUUAGGAAUUGGCACUCUAAUUCGGACGCCCUUCUACAACGGGUCGGGGAACCCAAGGGAACACAACCGAGAGCUAUCAGUAUAGAUUCGGAAAGUGAAGUAGAACGAGUGCUCGGUCUCCUAUGGCUUCCGCAAGAUGACACCAUCGCCUUCGUAUCCGAUAAGCAGCUGAACGACAUCGUACCGACGAAGCGGAAUAUCCUACGCUGUAUCAUGAGUCUGUUCGAUUCACAGGGUAUUCUAUCACAUAUCACGAUCCAAGGGAGGAUAAUCAUUCAGGAUACUUGGCGAAAGCAAAUGCAAUGGGACGACGAAGUAGUAGAAGCUGUUCGCAUACGCUGGCUCCGAUGGGUGAACCUUUUCAAGAAAGUGGGACAGAUGCGAUUCCACAGAGCGUACUUCCCAGGAUUCCACGCGGCAGAGAUCAAUGCGAUAGAGUUGCAUGUCUUCACAGACGCAAGCGAGGAAGCAUACGCCUGUACGGCCUACUUUAGGGCCGUGAUAAGAGAAAAAACGUACGUGACACUGGUCAUGGCCAAGGCAAAAGUAGCACCACUGAAAACGUUAUCAAUACCCCGCUUGGAGUUGAUGGGGGCAUUACUAGGGGCGAGGCUAACGAAAACGGUGGAGACAUACCACACAUUUCCAAUAUGUCGCCGAAUUUUGUGGACGGAUUCCAAAACAACUUUGGCCUGGAUCCAAUCACAGCACUGUCGCUACAGACAGUUUGUGGCCUUUCGCGUGGGAGAAAUUCUGAGUAAAACUGAGGCUACAGAAUGGAGAUACGUUCCCACCCAGCAUAAUCCAGCCGACGAAGGAACCAAGUGGGGAAAGGGACCCAGUACAGAUGUUUCGUCUCGUUGGUUUCGAGGACCCGAGUUCCUUUAUAAAUCAGAAGCAGAGUGGCCUGAACAAAGGUCAAUGCAGUCGAUGAAUACAGAAGAAGAACUACGACCUUGCUUGGUACACCGACAGAAACCUGUCGAGGAUGUCUAUCAGAUUAACAGAUUUUCCAAGUGGGAACGUCUACUCCGAACAGCUGCAUAUACUCAUCGCUUCAUCAAUAACUGUUGUCGAAAAAUUAAAAAUGAAAUGCUAGUCACGGGUCACCUGCAACAGGAAGAGUUACAGAUUGCUGAGAACAGCCUUUGGCGCAUAGUACAGACAUCAGCCUAUCCUGACGAAAUAGCCGUGCUGCAACGAGGAAAUGAGAACUCAAAAAGGUCCAUCGAAAAGACUAGCCCGGUCUAUAAAUUGUCACCGUUCUUGGACGAGCAUGGCGUGAUGCGCGUGGACAGUCGUAUAGGAGCAGUUCCAUACGUGACAUUUGACUUCAAGUUCCCAAUUAUUCUCGCACGUCAUCACUAUCUCACCAAACUGGUCAUCGACUGGUAUCACCGCAGAUUUCUACACGCCAAUCAUUCGACGGUAGUUAAGGAAUGUCAGACUUGCAAGAUCGCAAAGGCAGCGCCAUCAACACCGAAGAUGGCUCCCUUACCAGAGGCACGACUAGCAGUCAUGGCACGACCUUUUUCAUACGUCGGACUUGAUUACUUUGGACCCAUCCAGGUCCGGGUUGCACGUAGCUUCGUUAAACGCUGGGUCGCCUUAUUUACGUGCCUCACUGUUAGGGCCAUUCACCUAGAAGUUGCUCAUUCUUUGUCGACAGAGUCAUGCAAGAUGGCUAUACGUCGGUUUGUGGCACGCCGUGGGUCGCCCGUUGAGAUUCAUUCGGACAAUGGAACUAACUUUCAGGGUGCCAGUCGAGAGCUACGUGAACAGAUCCGAGCGAUCGACCAGAAGUUGGCCGAAACCUUCACCAACUCGAACACAAGGUGGUCCUUUAACCCACCGUCUGCGCCUCACUUCGGAGGAUCGUGGGAAAGGCUCGUGCGAUCCGUCAAAAUAGCACUUGGCUCGUUGUGCACCGAUCGGAGCCCGAACGAUGAGACAUUGUUGACGGUUAUUGCGGAGGCGGAAUCUAUAGUGAAUUCUCGACCAUUAACUACCGUUCCUCUAGAAACCGCAGACCAUGAGGCGCUUACGCCGAACCAUUUUAUCUUGUUAAGUUCGAGCGGAGUAGUACAAACUCCGAAGAAGCUGAUGAACCCGAUGGAAGUGACCAGAACUAAUUGGAAUAUAACCAGACAGCUCGUGGACCAGUUUUGGCGUCGUUGGAUCAACGAAUAUCUUCCGACGAUCGCCGUCAGGAGUAAAUGGUUCAGCGAAACGGAGAAACUUAAGGAAGGCGAUGUCGUGUUGAUCGUCGAUGUAGGACAUCGCAACGGAUGGAUAAAAGGUCGGAUUGUAACUGUGAUUCCAGGAACCGAUGGUCGCAUUCGCCAGGCUAUGGUUCAGACUGCAGGAGGAGUGCUCCGGCGCCCAGUGACCAAGUUAGCAGUACUCCAGGUGCAAGGUGAUAGUAACGCACAGACAGAAGGCAAACCGGAAGUGCGUUACGGGUCGGGGAAUGUUACGGCGACUGGCAGCACUGCUAGAGCACUAGACAGACCCACCGUCGAUCCGACUCUGCACGCGGCCGAAAAACUAUAA